AUGUAUCAAACAUACAGAAGAUCACGCUGCGCAGAAUCAUCCGAGAAGGGUCAAGUAGCGGACAAUGCAUGUGUCCUGGGUCUCCACCAGGCCCCUCGGGGCUACAAUAGCCUGUGUUACCAGUGUAGCAAUGGCUUGGAGGUGAAGACUGAAACGUUCAUUCCCAUAUUUCACCCAUCAGUAGUUAAUUCUCAGUUUAAUAUCUACCUAGGAGCAAAGAGCUGCCGGGAGCUGUUAGCCAGCGGGGUUGUCCUGAGCGGCUGGUACCCCAUCUACCUCUGGGACUGCUGCGCCGUGGCUGUCCUCUGUGAGAUGGACAUGGACAGGGGCGGCUGGCUGCCAGUUUUCCAGAGACGAGUGGAUGGCUCCGUGGACUUUUUCCAACACUGGAAUUCAUAUAAAAAAGGUUUUGGGAGCCAGCUGACUGAAUUCUGGCUCAGGGAUGACAGUAUUCACAUGAUGACAUCAGAGGGUAAUAACAAACUUUGCAUUAACCUGAGAGACUUUGACAACAACCAUCAUUUUGCCUAAUAGUCAUUCACAAUUUUAGGGGAGACUGAAAAUUACAAACUGAUCCUCGGAAACUUCAGCAGUGGCAAUGCAGGGGAUUCACUGGUCAAACACAAAAACAUGCUGUUUUCAUCCAAAGACCGUGAUAACAAUGUGUACUCUAAUAACUGUGCCAUAACCUACAAAGGUGCCUGGUGGUACCACCAGUGCCACAGCCCCAACCUCAAUGGCUUUUACCACCAUGGAGCUCAUGACAGUUUUGCAGAUGGCAUCAACAGGCAGACAGGCAAAGGAUACAAAUACCAGCUGUUGGAGAUGAAAUUCAGGCCAAUGUAG